AUACGUGCACUUUCUUCCAGCCCAUUUCACUGCAGACACAUACAGUCUGUCUCUGACAAGCGCACACGCAGUCUGUCUGUGACACAGGGCAGUGCAGCAGCGGCCGCCUCCCCCAGGCAUGGCACAGGGCUCUAGCUCACUAUGGCAGCAGUGCGACAAAAUACCCUCGACUUCCAGCUCAGUGCCACAGCUGACGGAAAUGCCAUUAUUAAACAGUUACAGCUGGUGUUUCAAGAGCAGGGAAUGACAGGAACUGUGCAUACGUGGGAAGAUAAUGGCCUCCUGGCCACAUACACUGGAGAAAACGGGAGCUUUGCUACUGUAAGAGUUUACCCACGGGGCUUAGUCCUGAUUGACCUGCAAUGCAGCGAUGAUCCAGACGAAACUAAAUCUGCUCAACAAAUUUUAGACAAGUUAGAAGAAAAACUUAAGGACAUAUUGCACAGUAGUAUCAAGCAGAUUAAGAGAUUACCAGCCCUUGUCCGUGGAGCAACUGUUGAUAGAUACUGGCCUACAGCCGACGGGCGCUUAGUAGAGUAUGAUAUAAAUGAAGUUGUUUACAGUGAAGAUUCGCCUUAUCAGAAUAUAAAGAUUCUACACUCUAAGCAGUUUGGAAAUAUUCUUAUCCUCAAUGGGGAUGUUAACAUGGCAGAAAGUGACCUGGCAUACACCCAAGCCAUUAUGGGCAAUGGCAAGGAAGAUUACUCUGGGAAAGAAGUGCUCAUUCUGGGAGGAGGUGAUGGUGGAAUACUUUAUGAGCUAGUCAAACUAAAACCAAAGAUGGUUACCAUGGUAGAAAUAGACCAACUGGUGAUCGAUGGAUGUAGAAAAUAUAUGAGAAAAACAUGUGGCAAUGUAUUAGACAAUCUGCAAGGUGACUGCUACCAGAUUUUGGUUGAAGAUUGUGUCCCAGUACUGAAGAUGUAUGCCAAAGAAGGGAAGAUGUUCGAUUAUGUAAUUAAUGAUCUCACAGCUAUCCCAAUAUCUACUUCUCCAGAAGAAGAUUCUACUUGGGAAUUUUUGAGAUUGAUUUUGGAUCUUUCCAUGAAAGUCUUGAAGCAAGAUGGAAAAUAUUUCACUCAGGGAAACUGUGUAAACCUGACUGAGGCUCUGAUGCUUUAUGAAGAACAGCUGAACAUGCUUUAUUGCCCUGUAGAGUUCUCUAAGGAAAUUGUGUGCAUUCCCUCAUACAUGGAAUUAUGGGUGUUUUACACAAUUUGGAAGAAAAAAACAAAUUCCUGAAAAUCUUAUUCUCAGUGCUGCAUAGAGCAGAACACGCAUGGCACUUGCUGCAUGGAGCCAGUUUUUUGGGGAAAAAAGUAAAUUAUACGCUGUAGAUAAUCCUAAAGAAAAUUUAGUAUAAAUGUUGUACUUGGAGGUUGGAAAUAUUAUUUAAGUUUGAGAAAAAGUGAACUGAAAAUGAAUAUUUUGAUGAGCUGGGACGUUAUUUUAUUAAAUUUUGUUGUUUUGUUUGGUUUUUGAAAGCAAAUUUAGAGACUGGCAGCAAACGUUAAGCUGCUAAAUGCACUGAACCUGAAGAAUGUGAUCUGUUUUAUUCAUUUGUUACUUUAUUAAGUUUUUGAACAAGUACCACAAAACAAUUUUUUCCAAUUACUUACAGUUAGUUUGUAGUGUCUAGAACAUUUACAUUUUAUAAUAAAAAAUAAUAAAAUAAUUUCACUUAUAAUUACAUUUACAAUAAAACACGAGUAGAUGCCCAUCACAGUUAAAUAUUAAACAUGACUUGGAAUGAAUCCCCACAUAUCCGCACACACACACACACACACAUAUAUAAUAUAUAUAUACUGUAUAUAUAGAUAUGUAUGUGUAUGUAUAUAUUGGCGAAAAGUCUAAUAUGAUGACGUGCUUUGCUAAGAAUUUUUAGUGUUUUAACUUAAAAUAACAAUACAUAAUAUACAGCAAUAUGUUUAGCUGUCAAUAACCUAAAAUUUGGACGCAUCCACUUUUUUUUUCAUUCUUUUAUACCAUGUAUCACACCCUAUGUAGUUUGGUGCUAUAAAAAUGAUAUUGAACCCUUAGUGCUUCCAUUAAAGCCUUCCAAAAGGGCCCUUAUUUGUAAGGCAGGUCUUAAACUUCUAUCAUACUUUUCUAAAUAUGCAGACUAUUUUAUGUAGACAUUGUAUAGUUUUGUUUUUGUUGUUGUGUUUUUUUGUUUUUUUUACAUUCAAGAGAUUGUGGUCUCUCUGGGAAACUUAUAGCAUGUUUUUCAAGACUAAAUCAAUGAACAGUUGGUCAUUGAAGCACCUUCUACAAACUAAAUCUAGACUUUUUUUUUUCUUUGAGAAUAGUAGUUAACACUACAAAGUACAAGAACAGGCAAACCAUUAUUUUAUACUUGAAACCACCAGGCAUUCUUUUUUUUAUAGAACUGAAAAAGUGUUGUUGUUUGACAUGUGAUAGGCUCAGCACUGUAGUACUGUAAUAUACAUUGAUGUGAAAAGUAAAUUAUACUUAAUAAAACAAUGAGUUCCUUUUAAAUCCCCUUUGUAAUGUAACCUCUGUACUAAAAUGUGGACAAGCUUUACAUGAUUUAGUGUAUAGCACUGAUUUUCAAACCUGUCCUCAAGCCUCGCUAACAGGUCAGAUUUUGAGGAUAUCUGAACUAGAGCAGUGAUUUGCAACCUUUUUUUUGCCGUGGCACAGUUUUUUACAUUAAAAAAUCCUGGGGUACACCACCAUCCCAAAAUUUUACAAAAUCACACAUUGUAGCCUAAUACAGGAGAUAUAUAUAUAUAUAUAUAUAUAUAUACACACACACACACACACUGUACUGUGCUGUCAUGCCAUGCCUCCUACAAACUAUACAUGAAAUAUUGACAUUCAUUCGCAAACAAGCAAACAAUCAUAAUGAUUGUCUGUGAAUGAAUGUCAAUAUGUAAUGGUUGUAAAUGAUGCCUGAUGAGCCUGUCACAUACCUCCCAAUAUUUCAAAAUUUGAAAGAGGGACACCCCUGCACUGUUGUCAGUCUGCCGCGGCACACCUGAGGAUCUCUCACGGCACAUUAGUGUGCCACGGCACACUGGUUGAAAAACACUGAACUAGAGAACAGGUGAAAUAAUCAGCUGCUUUGUAAACACGGUUAUUUUACCUGUUCUCACCCAAGGUGAUCCUGAAAAGCUGGCCUGUUUUAAACUAGUGAAUAGCAGUGGGGAUUUUCCUGCUACAUUUUCAACUAAUGUAUCACAAUUUAGAAAAGGAGGAAUACUUUUUUGCAUUUAGUUUGUUCAAAUCCACGUGUAUUUAAAUAUAAAUGCCAUACUAAAAAUACAAACGACCAAAUAUUAAAACUUUUUCCUACUACAUAUUUACCCCACGCUUCUACACCUAAACUGAAGUUAAAAACAGGAAAUGUGACUCUCAAUAUUAUUAAAAAUCACAAGCUUCUUAUACUCACACCAUAGGCUAGAAUGAUUUUUUAUUUAUAGUCUCAUAUUUGUAAAAAAAAAAAACACACGUUUUUUUAAAAAAAAUAAUAGAGGUUUGUUUUAUACAUAUGCUUAUAUGUAUUUAAUAUAAUAGUUGGUUAUACAAGUAAAAUGUUUGCUUGUUGUAUUGUGAUUUCUAAAUGUUAGAACUUAAAACUAAAAUUUUUAGUUUAAAUAUUUUUUUUUUUAAAGAAAAAGCUUAGUAUUUAUAUGGUGUGAGUUCUCUUCCUCUGCAACAAGCAGGAUCAAGAGAAAUUAGAAUUACUUUAUUUUCAGAGACAAGUGAAUGUUAUGGGAUUUAACUAAAAGCUAGUUAUAAUCAGGGUCAAGUUUUAAUUUAAACUGUAGCUUAAAAGCUCAAAUGACAUUUAAAUGUAAACAUGCCAUUUGAAGAAUUUAAAUUCCUUUGAAGACUAUAAAAUAGUCCUAAAUACGUGCGAAACACAGCUGCAUUUUAUCAAGUUUUUACAUUUCUUUAAAUCUACUUUGUUCUCAAUUUUCCAAACCACAUCUACAUAUUCUAAAGUUCUUGAUUUUUUUUUAAUCAUGCAGCACUAAAGCAUUUUAGAAAAGGUACUUGUAGCGUCUGUACAAUAGCACUGUUGCACUCCUAUCAUUGAGAAUACUGGUAUUAAGAUAAAGAAAAUAUUGUUUUUUAAGUGAACCUUGUUAAUAAUUACUAUACUGUAAUUUAAUAAUCUCUUUAAAAAAUGUAAGUCCCAUUAUAUAAAAUUGAAUUGUUAGAAAUGCUUUUUUUUUUAAUUUUUAAACAAAUUCUUCAUUGUUUGAAUUAAAGUAAGAAAAUUGUCUUACAGUUGAACAAACACAUGAAAACAAUUAACAAACAUUGUUUUUUCUGUUUUUGGUUUUGUGUUUAAAUCUGCUUUGUUUAGAGGGAAACUUUGUCAUUAUUUGUAUUAAAUGUUUUAUCAUUUGGGUUCAUCAGGCUUGUUAGUGCAGGAAUUUUUUAAUUCAAAAAGCAAGCCUAAAUUUAUUAAAAAUUCAUUCAAAUCUAAUAGUACAAAUCAGUGCAACCACUAUUUUGUCCUAUAGAGCGGAUUCACUAAUUAAAGAGAGAUCACAGCUAUUUUUGUGAAUCAGCUUUAUAUGAUAACAUAGGGAAUGAUGAGUACUCUUAUUUCUUAGUGAGUGUUUGCAAUAGAUACUAAAAUAGAUUAGUAGAUCCAUUCACAAAUGCGUUUGACAAAUAAAGCAGGGCGUAGGUUCACAUGUGCACAAACAGAUGUACAGUAGUGGUUCCUUUUUCCUCGUUUGCACUAAACCUGCUUCCAUUUGAAAAUUAUUCAUAUUUUGAAAACUUGAUUGUUGUUGGUUUGACUUGCAAGAAGAAUGCUUGCCUUUUGCAUUUGCUGCAUCAUGUAGUACCUAUGUUUAAAUAAAGGUACACAGUUAUUACUUGUGUGGUUAAUUUCAUUUUUUUAUUGAACUUUUGCUGAAUAUGAUCCUAUAAUAAACUACUUCAACUAUGUUAAUCGUAA